AUGGUGACUAUAUCAAAUGCACACGAAGGUCUAAUCCAUGAUGCAGUGCUAGAUUACUAUGGGAAAAGGCUUGCGACGUGUUCAUCAGACAAGACAAUCAAGAUAUUCGAGGUGGAUGGAGAUGACUACAAGCUCGUGGAGACGUUAAAAGGGCACGAAGGACCUGUUUGGCAACUUUCUUGGGCACAUCCAAAAUUCGGCGUUGUUCUUGCCUCUUGUUCAUAUGAUGGCAAAGUGCUGAUUUGGAAGGAGGAAAAGGGCAUCUGGAAGAAUAUUGCCGAGCACAGCGUGCACCAGGCGUCGGUCAACAGCAUAUCCUGGGCUCCAAGUGAGUAUGGAGCACUAUUAUUGUGCACAUCUUCAGAUGGCCAGUGUUCAGUGGUCGAAUUUGAGGCUGAUGGCAACCAGAAGACUGUUGUGUGGCGUGCAGACGCCGUGGGCGUGAAUGCCGGAACGUGGGCUCCGCCACAGAGGGAUAAUGCGAAGGAAAAACGCGUUGUUACGGGUGGAUGCGACAACUUAGUCAAGAUUUGGAGGUUCGACACGCAGAAAAACACAUAUGUGCAGGAGGAGGAGCUCAAGGGGCACACGGACUGGGUGAGGGACGUGGCCUGGUCGCAGUGCUUGCUCUCGAAGUUCUAUAUUGCGUCUGCAUCGCAGGAUAGGACUGUUAUUAUAUGGACUAAGGAUGUGGCCAAUGCGAAUGCCACGUGGAGAAAGCAGCUCCUUAGAAGUGACAAGUUCCCAGACGUGUGCUGGAGGGUUUCGUGGUCGAUGAGCGGAAAUGUGUUGGCCGUUUCUGGAGGUGACAACAAGGUUACUUUAUGGAAAGAGAACUUGAACGGGGACUGGGAGCAGGUUGGCGAAGUUGAUCAGUGA